ACAGCUAUUAGUAAAAAAAGAAAAGAAGAAGAAAAAAAAGAGAAUGCAGCCGUCAAAGCUUUCACUUCCUGUCGAGUGAAAUGAAGGUUCUGUUUUCACCAGAGGAUACUUCAGACUUUAACAAAUGCUUCGGAGGGUUUCUGGGUUUUCUGAUACACUAACUCUAAGGACAUCAUGAGAGCUUUUCUUUGCCCGCUCAUCGUCGUCGUUGUCUCUCUACCAUGGAGACUAAACAGCCAUUUAACACCCAGUACAAAUAUCCCAAACAACCAUGAAGAUAUCGCUGAACACCAGAUGCUUGGCAUGGCAGAUGAGUCAUUGGAACAGAGGAAAUACACUGCUGGUUCUGGAUUAGAAAACGUGUUUUCAUUUUCAAGCAGCAUUGUGAAGCAACACCUUACAAGCACCAGUCAUUCACAGCAGCAACACAUCCGGGUGAGGACUUCCAGUGGUGAAGGUGAGACAUUGAAUCAGAGGACAAAAAGGAAUGUAGAUGACAGUCAAUACAACUCAAGUACACCAGCAGAGCCUGGUAGGCAAACAGAAGAGAAAGAGAUAACAAUUCCACAAAGGGAACUACUAAAACCAUCAGAAAGCUCCCUUAGACCACAGGCUACUACUACUGUGCAGAUACAAAAUACCACAGAAUUUGUCUUAGUUUUCACCAAAAACCUACAGGAAGAUAAUCUGCCACAGGAAAUGGCAUCUCCUUCUGAUUCCCAGAAACACGAUGAUCCUCAAAUAAAUGUAACAGAUAACACAACCAAUACAAAUGAUCUUCAGACCGUAGUCACUACAGUCCAACCGAGCUCAAUGACUCAAACAAACACUUCCAUGGUAAUAACUGCAACAGAUUUUAAAAUUUCCAUUACUGGUCUGAGUACCAAGAGUGUGAAAACCAGACAGGGAUCAGAAAUCACAAAAGAAUGGACACAUGGUGACACUCAAGGCCCUGAACUGAAGACUCCAUCCACGGUUAAGCCUACGGUUAAGACAUCCACAAGUACUCCUCUAUACACCACCAGAAAGACCACUGUUAAGCUAGUCCCACAACCUCCAUCAAAAUCCCCUUCAAACGACAAGCAUCAAAAGAACCCUGGUGCUGCUGUGGCGGCCAUAAUUGGCACCACAUUCGUCUUUAUGUUCAUAGCAAUCCUAGUUAUCUUGAUACGGAAACGUAAAAUCCAGAAAAGGCAGCUAGAGAAUCCCGAGUGGGCUGGACCAUCGCCUUUUUUGGAUGGCGACAUUCAACCUAACUUGCCAAGUAUAGAUGAGUCCGACUCUUUCAAUAAAAGAGGCUUCAGCCAGAUCUCGAUCUCCAGAUAUCUUUCCCAACGACUCUCCAAACACCUGACACUUGGGAGGAACACAAACGAGGACGUUUUCAUGGGGGACAUACUGCAAGGAAGCACCUUUGCCAGGCAAAGUCUGAAUGAGCUCCAAGAACCCAAUGGGAAACCAGUGGGUCAAGACCCAACUAAGACAGAGGAAAACGAGAAGCAGCCAGGUCCAACUUCCAUGGACUCACCAGACACUAAAUCACCUGCAGAAGAAACUCAUGCAGUCACGGAAGACAUCCAAGAGUUAACAGAGCAGACUGAUGACAUUAGUCCAUCUCCAUCUACUGGAACAGGCCCUGUAAUUAAACCAUUUCCAACUUUAGUGUCUAUAGAUCUUGAUUCACUUUCGGAAGAACCAGCUCCCCUCCAAACAACAGAUGUUGGGAUUGUUCCUCCAGCUCCACCAUUGCCUUAGUCUUGGUUAACCAGACAAUCUUCACUGCUUUUGGCCCUACAAAUACCUCCAUGGGGAAAACAUAUAGGUUUAUAUUUGCAUUCUGUACUAUAAUAAACCAAGGAAAUUGUGAUUUCUUGCUUGGCACUGCUGCAAACUUGUGUUUGUUCAAGAAAAGUCUAUUUAAUUACAAUAUUUCUGUCAUAUAAAUGCACUAAUCUUUAUCAGCUGAACAGUAAUAAAAUAGUCUCGUUAAGGUGCAAUCUAACUUGAAAAUAUAUUGUUUCUGCUCAAAAAAAUUUUUCUCCAAAGCUUACUCUAUAACUAGGGCCUAUAACUAGGGCCUUAAAUUUUGUCACUUUCAGUGCAUCUUUUAUUUCCAUACAAUUAAAGUGACUGGGGCAAACAUUCUGUCUAAAAUCUCCAUUUGUGUUCCAUGUAGUAAAGUCUUAUAGGUUUGGAACAACAUAAAUGAGUGAUAAAAGAAUGAUGACAAUUUUCAUUAUUGGGUAAAUGAUUCCUUUAAGGCUGUUUCGAGUAGUCUUUAUCGUAAUAUUAUGAGAAAUUUAUGACAAAAAAAAAAAAAGAGAAAUUCUAUUUACUCUGCAACCACAUGGGCUUGCUCAAAAACAAGCAUCACAGCACAUCCAGACUGUGUAUGUGUGUAUGAAAAUGGAAGAUGGCAUGUAGCAGGAAAAGCCAUAACAGUUUCUGAGAGAAAUACUGCAUUGCUGCGGCCACUGGAUGCAUUUCUGUGCUGGAAACCGAGAGGAACUUUCAGCAGCUGUGAACAACAUUACGAUAGACCAAACAGCAGCUCUGGUGGCAGUAAAUUCCACCAUAAAAAUAUAAAGUGUCACAACAUGGUCUGUGUCCUUCUUUCCUUCUCCUGCAAAACAGGUAAAUCUGAAUUAUCAGAGUUCUUGUAUAUCAACUGGUAGAGCUUUGUGCUAGCAACACCAAUAAAAGUGGGAGGAAAAGUGUC